AUGUCGGCUCUCAAAAAACCGAAUCUCGAAUUCGCCAACCUAAAUUCCAUAAUCUCCCUGUACACUCCCCCUACCACCUCACCCGCCUCGUCAACCGACCCAACAACCAUAAUCUUCUGCUCCUGGAUGGCAGCACAUCCCAAAUCUCGUUACGUCAAUUUAUUCUUCAAUCACUACCACGAACUCUACCCAGCAGCGAGAAUCAUACACAUCGCCUCGCUUGCAUCAUUCUUCACCCACACACUUACAUCCACUCGAACGGCACUUUUCAAGCCAAUUGCUGCUACAGUCGACAGCGAUAUUUCGCCCGAAAAGAGAAUCUUGGUUCACGUCGUCAGUAACGGCGGCGUCUUAAGUUUCGUCGAUGCAUGUCAAGCAUACAAGACAGAAACCGGUAACAUUUUACCAUUAAAAGCAAUCGUAUUGGAUUCUGCACCCGGAAAGUUCGUCCGCGAUGAUGCGUAUUACGCCAUGUCUCAGGGUUUCCCGAAAGGAUUAUUGUAUUAUCCUGUAGCAGCGGUUGUUUAUGCGAUUUUCGUUGGUUGGGAGAUCUCAUCUGCGGCUUUUGGAACGACGACUAUUGUUGAAAAAAGUGGGGAGAAGUUGAAUGACUGGGAUCUCGUGGAUGAAAAGGCCAAGAGGUUGUAUAUAUAUAGUAAGGAGGAUAAAAUUGUAGGGUGGAAAGCUGUGGAGGAACAUGCGGGUUUAGCGAAAGAGAAGGGGGAGGUUGUGGUUGUGAGGUUCGACGGAAGUGCACAUGUGCAGCAUAUGUUGUCAUUUGGGGAAAGGUAUUGGGAGUUGGUGAGAGCGUUAUGGCGCCGCACGAUGUGA